AAUUGUCUCUCACAAACUCUUCGUUUUUCCCUUUUUUUUUUUUUUUGUUCUUCUCUCAUCACAAAAAGAAAAGAAAAAAAAACAAUGGCGGAUCAGCUCACUGACGAUCAGAUCUCCGAGUUCAAGGAAGCCUUCAGCUUAUUCGACAAGGAUGGUGAUGGUUGCAUUACCACAAAGGAGCUAGGUACCGUGAUGCGAUCCCUGGGUCAAAACCCAACGGAAGCUGAGCUUCAAGACAUGAUCAACGAAGUAGAUGCUGAUGGUAACGGUACCAUUGAUUUCCCUGAGUUUUUGAACCUUAUGGCUAGGAAAAUGAAAGACACUGACUCUGAGGAAGAACUCAAGGAAGCUUUCAGAGUCUUUGACAAAGACCAAAACGGUUUCAUCUCUGCUGCUGAGUUAAGACAUGUCAUGACUAACCUCGGCGAGAAGUUAACUGAUGAAGAGGUUGAUGAGAUGAUUAAGGAAGCUGAUGUUGAUGGUGAUGGUCAGAUCAACUACGAGGAGUUCGUUAAGGUUAUGAUGGCCAAGUGAAGUGAGGUUGAAACAAAAACAACUACCUCGUUAUGUAAUUUUAUUAAGAAUGUUUCUCAUCGCUUUGUUCUCUAAAUUUCAUUCAUGGCUGGUUUUUUUUGGUGGUUCCCCUUUAUGGUUGUUUUCGUUUUGUUGAACGGCUCGUUUACGUUUAAUUGUUGUUUCUAUGUUAUUUGAUAUAGGUGCAGAACCUGAUUCUUGAAAAGAAAAAAACAGUAAUGAGAUCUUCUUCUUCUUUUA